AUGGAGUCGCUUGCAGUUUUUCAUGAUGAAGAUUGGGACUCAUUUAACAGAAUGUCCUCCAAUGAAGAAGGUCAGCUUGAUUUCAUGCACCGAAUUCUUCAUCAGUUUCCCUUUCCUCCAGUGCACGAUGAUCCGUCGACUUUUUGUCCAGAAAGUAGUUGGAGUACGAAUUCAAGUAGUAGUGUCUUUGUUCCCCAGCUAAAUCAUGAAACCUGUUUCCUUAGUGAUUCUAAUCAUAUUGCUGUAACAAAUGGUAUCACCAUGUCCUUGGAUAUUUCAACGGACAUUGACGGGUGGAAUAAGAACCGGAAGAACAAUUUAAACGGCAACGAAGAGAGCAACAUUGGAGGGGACGGACAGAGUUGUAGCACCUCUAGUUCAGAUGAUGACAAUGUUUCUCAAGCUAUUAACUUGAAUGGAAAGAGAAGAACCACCAGCAGAGGGUCUGCAACUGAUCCCCAAAACCUCUAUGCAAGAGAAAGAUUUUUCCUGCCUAUAUUACGAGUCCAUUGGCAGAAGGUUGAUAUCAGCACAAUGCUUGAAGAUGCUGAAUUGUGGAUGUAUGCUCCCAUUGCUUACAAUGGCGUGGAUAUCGGUCUCAACAAGAACAUUUGCACUCUUUUAUGA